AUGUUCCAGUCCUUUACCGGAAGCUCUCGUCGUCCACGACAGGUGAAUCUAAGUGGCCGCACCAAUAAUCCUUUCGCUGCAUUCCCCGGAAGCUCUCCUUCCCGACCGGCUCCGCAUGCCUCGAACCCACAAAGUGCUGUUGCCAUUGCACAGCAGGAGCGAAUGCAAAGACAGCGGGACAGAGAUAAACAGAAUGCGGUUCGAGUCAUCCAGCGAGUGUGGCGGGGCGACAGCAGCAGGAGGGCUACACAUAACGCGUGGAGAUUAGAGUGGGAUACCAACGAGCGGCUCAUGACAGAUGCCAUGGAUGUCGCUGUUGGAAGCGAGGCUGGCUCAGAGAAUAUGGUGUUCUCCUCACGUCGUCCUGCACCAUAUGCCACUGCUGAUCAAUGUCUGGGUCAGCUUCGGCUGCUGGUUCAAUUUGUAUCAGCAAGAAAGCAAGAUGAUGUCUUGCGGUUAGUAUACUUCGUCGAUGCAUUCGAACAGACUUUGCGAACUUUACCUACUAUUGCUACCGAAGGCGAAUGGACUAAGCUCCUCAAACGACUGGCUUUAGCUGUGCUGCGUGCGCUGAACUCUGCAUCGAGCUCUUGUGUUCCAUCUGCUACUAUUGAGCCUUUACUCCGAGGAGCGGUUUUUCUUGCUGAACUGAUCCCCAAGCAAAUGGCUGUUAUCGCUGAUAGCUACUACGAUGCUAUGGCUUUCUUGACAACGAAAGUGCCAAAUACGGAUUCGUCCAAUUCACAAGAGUUCACCCUCAGUCCUGAGAGUAUCAAAGGUGCUGUAUUGGCUCUUUUGAGGCCCAUCACUUCGGAAACUAUGUCGGCAUACGAAUCCUUUGCUACCUCAUAUCUCACCAUUCCAGACCUUGAGAGACAUUUGGGAAAACUAGAUGACUUGGCCGACCAAAUAAACUAUCGCAUGCUUGCUUUAGCUGUGUCAUCUAGGCUCAACUCAACUGCCAAGGGCUCUCGCACCUUGGAUGACAUGCAGGCUCGUAUUUGGUUGUUUUCCUACUUGAUUUUCUUUCACCGAUAUGCUUUGGGUGGCGAAGCCUUUGUUAGACCACCCGAGCUGGAGUUUGUGAGUGUGAUCUCUGAUCUGCUGACGUCCACGGCGACUCAUCUCAUGCAAGGCCUGGAGGCGGAAGAUCCAAGUGAUUUGGAGUCACCAACAGGCGUUCAACCCUUACACCCGUUCAUCAAGGAGCAACUUACAGGUCUUGUGAACCAAAGUAGCGUCACUGGACUACUCUCUCCUAUUCGAUCAUCCCGCCUGACACAGUCUGACAUGUCGAGUAGCGAGUCUGAUGCAUCUAAAGAAGCCCAAGUUCUUGCUACAUACGCAUUGAACCUGCUAAGGAUCUUUCCUCGCCGCGGAGAUGAUAUUCGAAUGUGGCUGUAUCUGGGCUCGGCCCCAUCUGGGCAGCAAAAUUCGGGUCAAUCAGAUGCAAAGGUACCAGCGAUCAAAUAUUUCUGGCAAGCAUCCAGAUCCAGUCGCGUCUUUCAGAUAAUUAGUAGUGACUCUACUAAAGUGCUUCCGUUGUUGCAAUCAUACCAGGACACCAAAGAGCCUGCCCAACUAUCGCGCAAUCAGCGGGAUCAAGAGUGGACCACCAUACUUCUUUUCCUUGAGCUUUAUACUUUUGUUCUGAAAGUUAUGGAUGAUGAUGAGUUCUUCUCUAGCACAUCAUCCUUCGCAUCUUUAGAUGAUGCCAAAAUUUCAUGGACAAGGGAGAGUGCCUUGCCCUUGGAAGAUGUCAAGAACAUGACUGUUUUUCUCAAGAACUUGGCAUUUACUCUUUACUGGAAUGCUGUCGAUUUGAGUGAGCCCGAGCUUCGACCCACCGCAGUCAGUCUUAGCAGCUACUUCAGCAAUACUGGUCAAACCUCUAGUACUAGUCCUUUCCCGAGCACAAAGGAGCUGGAAGCCAAAAGCCAAACGACCUACCUUCCUGGCGUUACUGGGAUUCCACUUGAGUACUUCAAAGGGUUGGUGACAGGCUUGCUUCGAAUGUUACAUGAACGAGACUCUCGUCGAAAGUUCCUUCCCAAGGACCAUUGGCUUAUGACCAGUCGCUUCGAUAUGGAAGGUUUCAUAUCCUCUGUUGUCGCGGAAGAAGAGAGGAGGCACGAAUUCCAAACGCAGGCCGACGACCCGGAGGAUAUUGACCUUGUGAACGAGGAGAUCGAUCGAUCCAACGAACCAUCCGGGCUAGCGGGAACUGGUCGUGCUCAACAGACUAUUCGAAUUGAGGCAUUGAGAAGAAACCAGCAAAGAGCUGUUCGUGGUCGAAUUCUAGCGGCUAUUGCACCCAGGCUGGAGAUUCUUCGAAACAUGCCAUUCUUCAUCCCCUUCACUACCAGAGUCCAAAUAUUCCGCGAAUUUAUCUACCAUGAUCAGCACCGCCGCCGAAAUGGGUUUGUGGAACCUGACGCUUGGCGCGUAUCCGUCGCUCAGAUGGCGAUGAUAAAUGGUCAUCAGCAAGGCGUACAGGAUGUCCUUGCCCGACACCAGGCGGAGAUUCGAAGAGAGCAUAUCUUUGAUGAUGCAUUGGGCCAAUUCUACCAGCUGGGCGACGGUCUAAAAGAACCGAUCCAGAUCAGUUUCAUUGAUCGAUUCGGAUCUAUGGAAGCCGGCAUUGAUGGCGGUGGUGUUACAAAGGAGUUCCUAACCAGCAUCACGAGUGAAGCAUUCAAAACGGAGGACGGCUUCAACAUGUUUGCAGAGAAUGAUCAGCACCUGUUGUAUCCCAAUCCCACCGCUGUUGAACAGUGCAAGGAACAAAUGCGAGAGAACCAGGUGGUGGAGCAGAGCACGGAAUGGACAGGAAACAUCCGAGAGUUGCUUCGCCGAUACGAGUUUCUUGGGCGUAUCAUUGGAAAAUGUCUCUAUGAAGGAAUUCUUGUUGACGUUAACUUUGCGCCUUUCUUCCUUUUAAAGUGGGCGUUAACUGGCGGCAGUGGAUCUGCCUUGAAAGAGUCGUCCUACCGGGCCAAUAUCAAUGAUUUGAAGGACCUUGACGCAGGCUUGUACCAGGGCCUAUUGAAACUGAAGAACUACCCUGGCGAAGUUGAAGAUUUCGCUCUCGACUUCACCGUCACUGAUACCAUUCCGAUGCCAGGGUCAAAUGAUCGUAUGGUCACAAAAGAGCUGAGACCGGAUGGCUCAAACAUUCCUGUCACGAACCAGAACCGCCUGGUAUACAUCUCCUAUAUCGCACGAUACCGCCUACAGGCGCAACCAGUGCAGCAAACCAACGCCUUCCUUCAGGGACUGGGUCAGAUCAUCCAACCGUCUUGGCUGUCCAUGUUCAACCAGUCUGAACUGCAGACUCUAGUGAGUGGGGAGACAGGUGACAUCGAUGUGGAAGAUUUGCGACGCAACACGCAGUAUGGCGGAGUAUAUGUCAUCGGUGACGAUAACCAGGAGCACCCUACCAUCCAGUUAUUCUGGAAGGUGCUGCACGAGAUGAACACCGAGGAAAAGCAGAAGGUGUUGCGGUUUGUAACCUCUACUCCACGAGCUCCGCUACUUGGAUUCAGCCAUCUCCACCCGCGGUUCAGUAUCCGAGACUCGAGCGAGGACCAGGAGCGAUUGCCAAGUACGAGUACAUGUGUGAACUUGCUGAAGUUGCCACGAUACUCGAAUGCCGAGAGGCUCCGAACGAAGCUGUUGUAUGCAGUGAGUUCAGGAGCCGGAUUUGAUCUGAGCUAAGUCGUUAUCUUUCGGGCUUUACUUUUAUUGAAUUAUACUCCUUUU